AUGCAAACAGGUUGCUUCCAUUCAGUAGGCUCGCGCUACGACACAGAGGCAGAUGAACUAGAUGUAGAAUCAACGAGUCUGGCUGCUCUUUUCAAGAAAUAUGGUACUCCGUGGUAUUUGAAGCUUGAUACAGAGGGAGCUGAUGGUAUAAUCCUGCAGCAGAUCUCCGCCGGCGCCUGCGCUGCUUGGGAGAACCCACCAUCGUUUUUCACUCAGUUGUCGAAGCUAUCAUCAAAGCCACCGUUUCUUUCUUUCGAACUCAACAGCUUGACCUACUUGGAGCAGGCAGCAGCACAAGGCUACGAAGAAUUCAAGGUAGUCCCCCAGAGCCACCACAAGGCAAAGCACCUUCUGGACGAACAUGGAAGGCCUUUGACUCAUGCUGGUGAAUUUGGUGAGGAUGCCGUGGGACUUUCAGGGAAGUCUUGGAUAAGCCAAGGUGAUGCGACGAGCCUUUGCCGCCGCCUUUGUCUUGUCCACGAUGAACAUGCAGAUGUACAAAGCUUUGCUACUGGACCACCAAGGUAUGUUGACCGUGACUUUGCCACUCUUCGGGCUUGCUUCCCAGUUGAGAGCAAGAACGAUGAGGAAUGGUACGACAUCCACUGCCGGCACCGGACAGCAUUGCAAGAAAGUGGGCAAGCGGCAAACAGUUGA